AUGUCCCAGGAGGAGACCGAGCUGCAGCAGGGCCUGAGAGGGAGGAAGACCGACUCGGUGAGGAUUAAUACGCGGAAUGAGAGGCCGUUCAGCUGCAGUCAGUGUGGGAAGAGGUUCACUCGCUCCAGCAGCCUGAAGGAGCACCAGCAGUUUCACACCGGGGAGAGACCGUUCAGCUGCAGUCAGUGCGGGAAGAGCUUUUCGCACGUGAGCAGUUUGAAGAAGCACCAGCAGACCCACACGGGCGAUCGGCCCUACGGCUGCAGCCUGUGCAGCAGGAGCUUCAGCUGCACCUUGAGAGAGCACCGGCGGACCCACAUCGGCGAGCGGCCCUUCACCCGCGGUGAGUGCGGGCGGGGCUCGAGCAGCUCGAAGAAGCACCGGCGCGUCCACAAGGGGGAGCGGCUGCACACCCGCGGGGAGUGUGGGAAGAGCUUCGGCCACUCCGGGAUCCUGAAGGACCACGAGCGGAUCCACACGGGGGAGCGGCCCUGUGACUGCGGUCAGGGUGGGAAGAGCUUUGUUUACUCGAACGACCUCAAGCGGCACCAGCGCUUGGCGGUGUGGCAGUGCGAGAGUGGGAGGAGCCGCGGCGAACGCCAGUAA